GGCACGCUACCAAGCUAAGCUAGAGAGUGAAGCCACCACAGGAGAAGCAGAGUUGCUGGCCGGCAAAUAUCUCUCCCCCGGCCGGCUCUCUCUUCUCCGAUGGAUCAGGCUCCCCAUGGCGCAGCCGCUUCCCUAGACCUGUCCCUCACGCUGGCCCCCAUGAGAUCACCACCACCAUCCUCCUCCUCCUUUUGGGCUGAAGGAGACGCCGCUGCCGGCCACGGCGGCCCUGGUGGCCAUGACGGCGAAGCGAGAUCGAGGCGGCUGUUCUCGUGCCUCUUCUGCGACAAGAAGUUCCUCAAGUCUCAGGCGUUGGGGGGCCACCAGAAUGUGCACAAGAAGGAGCGGGCCGGCAGCUGGAACCCUCGCCUCUACCUACAAUCCGACCACGGCGACCGGCCGGCCACCGCGGCGGCAAAUGCGCCGGCGAGAUGGCCAAAUGCGCGCCUUGAUGACGACGGCGAGAAGCAGUUGCAGCAGCUUGAUCUCAACGUCAAGCUUUAAUUAGCUAACUCGUGUGUACGUUUUUACUAUCUUCCUUUCCAUCUUCUUAUCCUCCUUGAACUAGCUAGUUUGUGUGUGCGCGCGCACUACACGUAUUCGGUUGCAAGCACGCAUGUUCGUCCCGUACUGUACAUAUACUUUGGUCUCUAUUACCUAUGGUCUUUUUUUUCGA